AUGAAGGACGACCAGAGGCUGAAGGCCCACCUCCAGCAGCUGUUUCAGCAGGGUCUGGUAACAGGUAACCACAGCCUGCUGAGGCUGGCUGGGAAGGCCUCACUCUACAUGGAUGCAAUCACCUCUACUUCUUUGGGCAUUCAAGAUACAGCUGAUCUAAAUGGGCAGGAGGACUUCAUGCUUGUUGCAGGCCCUCUAACAAAGCAGCUGGUGAGAAGCCCAAGCAGUGCAGUGAAUGAUGCCUUUGACUGCAGCCAUGCCAUACCUCCAGGCUCUAACCAGUACUUUAAGUACCUCCAGAGCAGAGGGGUGACUCACUUCAAAGUGCCGCUGUCAUGGGCUCAGCUCCUGCCUACAGGCCUCCCUAGCCAGCCUCAGCAGGCUGUGGUUACCUGUUACCAGACCCUGUUGAAACAGCUGCUGGAGGUGGGCCUUCAGCCUCUGGUCGUCCUUCAUGGAUCCACAGUGCCAGAAGUUCUGAGAUCAAGGUAUGGAGGCUGGGAGAGCAAGGAGCUGGUAGAGCUGUUUCAGCAGUAUGCUGAGUUUGCCUUCCAGGAGUUUGGAGCCCUGGCAGACUCAUGGGUUACAAUGAGUGACUUGGAUGAAGUUUGGCAUGAUGGGCAGCCUGCAGGUGCUCCCAGUCCUCUGCAAAAUGUACUCCAACUCAGCGAGAACAUUUACCAGCUCUACCAUCAACAGUUUCCAGACAAAGGGAGACGUCUGUCAAUUGGGUUGAGAGCUAGUGAUGUUGAAGUUCUUCCCCAGAUCAAAGGUUUAACUACAAUGGAUUUCUUGUCAGUGCACAUUGAAUAUAACUGUGCCUCUGCAUCAGACUUUGAAAAGAUUCUGAGCAGCUUGCAGAUGUCCAGUGGCAAUUUGCCAAUCCUGAUAUACAAGGUGACUGUUGAUAGUUGCUCCUACAGUCAAUUCCAGCUACUUGGCCAUUUCCUACAAGUCUUGAACAACAAUGACCUGGAUAUUGUGGGAUGUGACAUGAUGGAUAUUUUGCAUAAGAUGGACAUGCAGGACAUCCUAACCAGUAGUGGUAUUUCAGACUACAAUGGAAUUACAGCAUUUAGAAAUAGUUAUCAGAAUGUGUGGAAUAAGUUUGGGGCCCAGACGACAACAGAACGAGAUCUUUUCCUCAACGAAUCAUUCCCCCCAGGCUUCCAAUGGGCCACCUCCAGUGAAUCCUUUAAGGUUGAAGGUGGUUGGUUAGAAGAUGGGAAGGGAGAAACCAUUUGGGACCGUUUUGGUCAUGAAAACAAGGUUUUUGACAAUCACACAGCUGAUCUGGCUUGUGACAGUUACCACAAGGUUGAUUAUGAUGUCUACCUCCUGCGAGGUCUUCAUGUCAACACCUACCAGUUUUCCAUCUCCUGGUCCCGUAUUUUUCCCUCAGGCCACCGGGCCAGUCAAUCAGAGAAAGGGUCCCUCUACUAUGAUAAGCUGAUCAAUGCUCUUAUUGACUCUGGCAUACAACCUGUUGUCACUCUCUACCACUGGGAUCUGCCCCAGGCCCUCCAGGACUAUGGUGGAUGGACCAACGCUUCCAUUGUUGAAGCCUUCAAGGACUAUGCAGACUUCUGCUUCUCCAGGUUUGGAGACAGGGUCAAGACCUGGAACACAUUUAGUAGCCCCUGGGUGGUAAGCCAUGCUGGGUAUGGCACUGGUGAGCAUGCCCCUGGAUUAAAAGACUACGUGGUUGCCUCCUAUAAGGCCACUCACAAUAUGCUGAAGUCCCAUGCUGAAGCCUGGCAUGUCUACAAUGACAAGUACAGGUUGACACAAGGAGGGAAAGUGGGCAUUGCAUUGAACUCUGACUGGGCUGAGCCCAUGGACCCCUCCAGACCUGAAGACAUAGUUGCUGCAGAUCGCUAUCUGCAGUUCAUGCUGGGCUGGUUUGCACAUCCCAUAUUUGUAGAUGGGGAUUAUCCUGCAACACUCAAGACUCAGAUAGAACAGAAAAGAAAUAAGUGUCCCCAUUCUGAGUCUGCAAGACUUCCAGUUUUCACAGCUGAAGAGAGCCAGAGGAUCCGUGGUACAGCUGACUUUUUGGGAUUAAACCACUAUACUUCCCGGUUGGUUAAUAACAGUGAUGGUGGCUGCACCCCUGGUCCUCAGGGGGUGGGCGACUACCAGGCACAUGUGGACCCAUCAUGGUCCUCUACAGCAUCUGACUGGAUCUAUUCUACACCCUGGGGACUUAGAAGACUUCUAAACUACAUUUCCACAGAGUACUUGAAUGUUACCAAAGUGCCUAUCCACAUAACUGGGAACGGUAUGCCUACUCAGUACAGAGGAGAGACUCUCAAUGACAUCAGUAGAAUAGAGUACAUGAAGAGUUACAUCAAUGAGGCCCUGAAAGCAAUGUUCUUAGAUGGGGUUGAUGUGCAGCGAUUCACAGUGCAGUCUCUCAUGGAUGGAUUUGAGGGAAAACAAGGCUACAGCCAAAGAUUUGGUCUUCACCAUGUCAACUUUGAAGAUGCAGACAGGCCAAGAAGCCCAAAGCAAUCUGCAUACUUCUACUCUCAGGUUAUCAAGCUAAAUGGCUUUGGUUCACACAAAAGAGAUGUGUUUAAAGUGGCAGAGAUGCAAUUUACCCCCCGUCCAACUGCUUUAUCACCCUCAGAGGUUCCAUCUAAAUCAAAGGUUGUCUGGGAGAAAUUCUCACACCAGUCAAAAUUCCAGAGAAAGGUGUACCACUAUGGCACUUUCCCACAAGGUUUCAGUUGGGGGGUAUCGUCUUCAGCUUACCAGAUUGAAGGUGGCUGGAAUGCUGAUGGGAAGGGGCCCAGUGUCUGGGAUACAUUCACCCAUAAACCUGGCAGUAUUCCUGGUAAUGUCAAUGGAGAUGUGGCCUGCGACAGCUACACCAGACUUGAAGAAGACCUCUACAUGCUGCGAGCUCUAAGGGUUAAAUCAUACAGAUUCUCUUUGUCCUGGUCAAGGAUCUUUCCUGAUGGUCGGAGUACCUCUUUGAACCAGAAAGGUGUUGACUACUACAAUAGACUCAUUGAUGGCCUUUUAGCAUAUAACAUCACUCCUAUGGUGACACUCUACCACUGGGACCUCCCUCAAGCUUUGCAAAACCUUGGUGGCUGGGACAAUGUAGAUAUGAUUAACAUUUUUAAUUACUUUUGCGACUUUUGCUUUGCCACCUUCGGUGACAGAGUGAAAUUUUGGAUGACCUUUAACCAGCCUCACACAAUUGCAUGGUCAGGGUAUGGACUUGGACAGAUCCCACCGAAUGUUAGAAAUCCAGGAGUUGCACCAUACAGAGUUGCACACAACCUUAUAAAAGCACAUGCCAAGGCUUACCACACAUAUGGUGAUAAGUAUCGCAAAUCGCAAGGUGGUCGAGUGUCCAUUGCGCUCAAUGCUGAUUGGAUUGAACCUAAAGAUGUUAAUGUUCCCCGUGAAGUGGUGGCUGCUGACCGUGCCAUGCAGUUCCAACUGGGUUGGUUUGCACACCCCAUUUUCAAGAAUGGAGACUAUCCUGAUGCAAUGAAGUGGCAAGUUGGAAACAAAAGUGAACUCCAAGGCCUUUCAGAGACAAGACUACCGUCCUUCACUGAAGAAGAAAAGAGUUUCAUCAAGGGAACUGCUGACAUGUUCUGUGUAAAUCAUUACACUACAAAGAUUGCACGCCAUGCUACAUUGAGACUUACUCCCCAAUCUUAUGAUUAUGACCGUGACUUGUCAGAAGCAGAGGAAGAUGAUUCAUCAACUACUGCCAUCAGUAACCAGAGAGCCGUAGCAUGGGGUUUGAGAAGGCUCCUCAACUGGAUCAAGGAGGAGUACGGAGAUCCCGAUAUUUACAUCACUGAGAAUGGAGUUGCUACAGAAUCAAAGACAACUUGGGAUGACUCUGCCAGAGUAUUUUAUUACAAGACCUAUAUUGAUGAGGUUCUUAAAGCUUUUGAUAUUGAUGGUGUGAAGGUGAAAGGAUACAUAGCAACAUCUCUAAUGGAUUCUUUUGAGUGGCUUAAUGGGUACAAAGUUGGAUACGGUUUACACCAUGUAGACUUCACUAACCCCAACCGGCCGAGGACACCAAAGUACUCAGCUCAUUUCUACUACCAAGUCAUAAAGGACAAUGGUUUUCCUACACCAGAUGAUGAGAAGCUACUUCAUGGACAUUUCCGCAAAGAUUUCAUCUGGAGUACUGCAACAGCAUCAUACCAGAUUGAAGGGGGAUGGAGAGCAGAUGGAAAAGGUCUCAGCAUCUGGGACAAGUUUGCUCACACUCCUCUCCGAGUGUUUAAUGAUGACAAUGGGGACAUAGCCUGCGACAGUUACCAUAAAGUAGAAGAGGAUGUUGCUAUAUUGAAGCAACUUAAGGUGACCCAUUAUCGUUUCUCCAUAUCCUGGCCGAGGGUGCUUCCUGAUGGCACCACCAAGCACAUCAAUGAGGCUGGACUCAACUACUACCACAGGCUGGUGGAUGCACUGCUUGCUGCAAACAUCCAACCCCAUAUAACUCUCUACCACUGGGACCUUCCACAAGCUCUGCAGGAUAUUGGGGGCUGGGAGAAUGAUACUAUUAUCGUCAAAUUCAGGGAUUAUGCUGACCUUAUCUUUAGCCGUCUUGGCCACAAAGUGAAAUUCUGGAUCACCAUUAAUGAGCCGUACAAUGUAGCCAAUAUAGGCCAUGGCUAUGGAGCAGCUGCCCCAGGGAUCAGUUUCCGACCGGGGACUCUGCCCUACAUUGUGGGUCACAACCUGCUUAAAGCUCAUGCUGAGGCCUGGCAUCUCUACAAUGACAAGUAUCGAGCCGCACAGAAAGGAAUUAUCUCAAUUACCAUCAACUCGGACUGGUCAGAACCCAGAAAUCCCUAUAAGCAGGAGGACAUUGAUGCUGCAAGACGUGUGCUGCAGUUCUACAUUGGCUGGUUUGCCCAUCCUGUAUUUAAUGGCGACUACAGCAACAUGAUGAAGACCAUCAUUCGAGAGCGAAGCUUAGCUGCUGGUUUGUCAAAAUCUAGGCUUCCUGAAUUCACAUCUGAGGAGAUUAAGAGGAUUAAGGGUACCUACGAUUAUUUUGGGUUCAACCAUUAUACCACUGUCCUGGCAUUCCCUGUGGAGUAUGGAAACCUUCAGCACUAUGAUGCCGAUAGGGGUGCGGGAACUAUUGCUGAUCGUACCUGGCUGGAUUCAGGUUCAUCCUGGCUGAAGGUCUCACCGUUUGGAUUCAGGAGAAUAUUAAACUUCAUUAAGGAGGAGUAUGGAAAUCCACCUAUUAUCAUCACAGAAAAUGGCAUCUCAGAGCGGGGUCCUAUUGACCUAAAUGAUACUUUUAGAAGCUACUACUAUGAAAAAUACAUCAACCAGCUGCUGAAAGCUUACCUGCUAGAUAAUGUGGACAUCCGUGGUUACACAGCUUGGACACUGAUGGAUAACCUUGAGUGGGCCACUGGCUUUUCAGAGAGAUUUGGCUUUUUCUACGUUAAUCGCUCAGACCCUAAACUGCCUCGAGUGGCCAAGACUUCUGUUGCCCUCUACUCCACAAUCAUCAACUGCAACGGAUUUCCCGACCCCACCUUGGGACCCCAUGAGUGCAUGAACCCCAUGCCUGAAGGAACAAGUGCACCAAUCACACCCCUUCCCCUUGUCAACACUGUGAGCUUCCUGGGAAUGAAGCUCUCUGCCAGUGAUGCUGAGACUGGACUUAACACCACAUUCGCUCUACUGAUUGUUGCAAUAUUUGGAGCUAUCUGUUCAUCCUGUUGCUUCUUUAAAGCAAACAACAACAAAAAAACAUUCCAAAAACUGCAUGUUGAAUCUAUAAACAUGGAGAGGAAGCUCUAA